AUGUUAAAAAAAUUGGCUUCUUCUACUCAAAUUAAUAUGAGUACUAAAUGGACACAAUACGGCUUUACUGUUGCUGGAGGAAAUGAACCAGGUACUCAAUUGAAUCGACUCUUUUGGCCUCAUGCUAUCUAUGUUGAUAAUGAUGAUGAUCAAACGAUAUAUAUUGCUGACUAUGAGAAUAAUCGUGUUGUUAAAUGGACAUCUAAUGCAAAUAGUGGUCAAAUUGUUGCAGCAAUGGAUAAUAAUGGAAAUCUUUAUGUCUCUGAUUAUAAAAAAGGUGAAGUGAGACGGUGGGAAAAGGAAGAAACAAAUGGAAAACUAGUAGCAGGUGGAAACGGACGCGGAAACCAUCUUAAUCAGCUCAAUGGGCCUACGUAUAUCUUCGUUGAUCAAGAUUACUCCGUAUAUGUAUCGGACAAUAAUAAUCAUCGUGUAAUGAAAUGGGUGAAAGGUGCAAAACAAGGCAUUGUCGUGGCUGGUGGACAAGGUCUAGGAAAUAGUUUAGCACAAUUGUCUAAUCCUCAUGGCGUGAUUGUCGAUCAUUUGGAUAAUGUUUAUGUGGCUGACUUUGGGAAUAAUCGAAUAAUGCGUUGGUCAAAAGGAUCUAAAAAAGGAAGUAUUAUUGUUGGUGGAGAUGAACAAGGACACCAACAAAAUCAAUUCAGUGGUCCCAUAGGUUUAUCAUUUGAUCGAGAAAAUAAUCUUUAUGUCGUCGAUCAUUGGAAUAACCGAAUACAAAAAUUCCAUGUUGAUUUAACUUGGCAUUCUCUUUCUUUGUGA